AUGCCGAUCAGAAUUAAGAUGGCUAAAGAUUGCGCCGAUGUCAUGGAAAAUAAUGGAGUGAAAUUAUGUGCUGAAAAUAAUGUAAUCAAUUGGAGAAAUUCUCUGCCUGCAUCAAUGGUUCCUAAAAGUGACUUAAAAAUAUGGAACCUUCUUAAGAAGUGUAUUGGAAAGGAUUUGACACGGAUUUGCAUUCCAGUAGUUUUCAAUGAACCACUCAGUUUCCUUCAACGUCUUGCUGAGUACAUGGAAUAUGCGCACUUACUGGAAAAAGCAAAUGAAUGCACUGAUGACGUUCAAAGAUUAGAGUAUGUUGCUGCAUUCAUCGUUUCAUCAUUGUCGUGUAAUUAUAUGCGACUGUCAAAACCAUUCAAUCCACUUUGGUUCGAAACAUAUGAGUUGGAUCGGACUGAGCAAAAUGGUUAUCGUUUUAUUGCUGAGCAGGUAAGUCAUCAUCCACCGGUAUCGGCGUUUCAUGUUGAAUCUAAGAAUUUUACAUUUGAUGGCGUAAUUUCGCCACGGCUGAAAUUUUGGGGAACAUCUAUCGACGUGCAACCGUCGGGAAAUUUUGAACUAAAGUUUCCAAAUUAUAAUGAAGUUUAUAAAUGGAAAACGCUCAAUACUGUCAUUCAUAAUAUUGUUAUGGGUCAAAUGUACAUACAGUUGGAUGGACAGUUCCAUAUAUUCAGUAGCAAAGGACUAGACUGCAAAUUGUGUUUUAGAAAUAGUGAUACUGGCCCUUCAAGACAAUGUACCUUCUUUCGAGGACAAAUUUCAAAAGGUGAUCAUGUUCUAAGAAAAGUUUAUGGGAACUGGACAACAUUUCUUGCGACCUGCGAAGUUACCCAUUUUGAUAUGCGUUAUAAUAAUUGGCUUGAAGGCAGCAAAGAGCUAUUUCAAAAUUUUUAUGAAGAAAAUGUGCCUUUAAUACAAGGUUCAAAAUUGUUAUGGAAAAGUAAUUCUCGGCCUGCAAAUUCAUCUGCUAUGUAUAACUUCACUUCGUUCACAUUCCUUUUAAACGACCCAUCUGAUCUAACAGAUUUAUUGCCUCCAACUGAUAGUCGAAGAAGGCCCGACAUUCGUUUAUUAGAAGCAGGUGAAUCAGACGCAGCUGAAAGAGAGAAGGAACGCCUAGAAGUUAAACAAAGACAGUCCCGUGCUUUGAUGAAAAAAACACUGGAAAAAAAACCCAAGUGGUUUGAGAAAGUGCAGUUAACUAGCAAAGACAGUUUACCGUGGGUUUUCACUGCCAAGUAUUGGGAUCGUAAUUAUUUUGAUUGUGAGAAUAUUUAUUGA